AUGCAAGGAACAGUAACAGUCGUUGCUACGUCGAGCAAAAACGAGCUUACCUCAAGCGUUCGCAGUACACGGACAACAAAAGCCUCGACAAGAACUUCGACCAAGACCACCACGACAGAAAAUGUUGAGAUGAAUUUUGCAAGGCGGUACAUGAACGACGAAUAUGAUUUCACUACGGUUAUGAUAAUCUCAAGCAUGAUAGAAGCUGUACUCUUCGUACUGCUCAUACUUCUCUUCAUACUUUGGCGGCAGCAAAGUCUUCGUAAACAAAAGAUGAGACUAGCACGUGAAAUAGAGAAAGAAGAAAGAAGGCGAAGAAAGAAGAAAAGAAAACUUUGGAAAAAGAAGAAGUCUGACAAGAGCAAAAAAGCGGGUGAAAAAGAGAAGGAAUCGUCUAAAAAACAGAAAUCCAGUAAAAAAGAACAAAAAUCCAAGAAGGAGGAUUUUGCAGAGCUUGGGCCUCCAGAAGAACAGCCUACUCAACUACCUGUCCCUCCUUUAGCUCAAGAAGAAGUCGAUGAUGGUUACGAGGUGGUUGGCCAAGUAUAACAUCAGUUUUUUGUCAGAGAAUAGGCCUUGUUGAAAU